CUUUAUGAAAUAAAAGGCAAUUUAAAUUCAAAGUUUUUGCAAAAUGGAGGUCGACCAAGAGUAUGCUCAGCCUACGCCGGCACUGGCAGCCAGCAGCACAUCGAGCACACCGACAGCCGAGAUAACCACUACUGUAACACCAGCCUCUGGCGCGCCUAACGUAACGGUGACAACAAGAUUGCAAACUGCGCCGCAGCCGCAAACAGCAUCGGCAGUAUCGCCAAGCGGAUUGGCAAUGGCCAUGCACAACGCGCAUAUGAGUGCGCUAACGGAGACAGCAUAUGGUGGGCCUGCGGCGGCGCCGUUUUUCCAGGAUAACCCGCACCAGGUGCACUCGUUCAUGACGGACACGCAUGGGGUGAGCCACUACCAUCGGCCAAGCAGCAUCCACCGCAACAUUGCGCAUGCGCGGUGGACGCAGCAGAUGGCGAUGCAGCAAAUGGAGGUACAGCGCGAGAUGCACAUGAUGCACCACCAGAACCUGCAGGCGAUUCAGCAGGCACCGCAGCAUAAUAUGGAGGCCCAACACCGUGCAGCACAGUCGAUGGAGAUCCAGCAGAUGGCGAUCCAGCAGAUGGAGCUACAGCGCGAGAUGAACAAGUUGCACCAUCGGAACUUGCAGGCGAUUCGGCGGGCGUCGCGGCAGCAUAUGGAGGCACAGCAUCGCGCGGCACAGCAGGUGGCACGUCGGCUGGCCAACGCGCGGCUCCCGCAUAUCCAAAAUGGGGAGCCAUCGAUUAACAGCGACGUGAGCCGCAUGCUGAUGGCGCCGCUGUUCGACAUGCACCGUCGGCCGUUUGCCACCCCUGAGCGUUUCCGAGUGCGACAUAUGCAGCGGGUUGAGAUGCUGCAGGCAAUGCAUCAGAGGCCGCGGCAGCAUAGGCCGAAUAGGGAACAGGGCAAGAAGGGGCCCAUCAUCGAGGAGAUCAACAGCGGGCAGACAUCUAGAAUAGAGAGCGAAGUGGAGGAAGAAAAGGAGGCCGAGGACGAGGACGAGUGGGUGUCGGAUGGAGAUGACGUGCUGAGCCAGGAGACGAAGGAGAUGAUUGAGCGGAUCCGGCGGCGCGCGGCAGACCGCAGGAGGGUCUUCCGCGGAGGCAUCUCGAAGCCAACGGCCAGCACCCGGUCGCAGCGCCUGCGGAAUGCUGCGGGUGCGUCAGGCAAGACCCGUGAAGAGCUGUCAAAGGCGUACAGGCAGUUUAUGCGUGACGGGGCCAACGGCCAAGAGCUUGUUACCCAGAUGGGCUCGGGCGACACCUAUGCAGUGCAGCAGAUGCUGGAUGCUGGCAUUCCGGUGGACAUUGCAGACAACAUGGGCCGCACACCGCUGCACAUUGCGUGCUCGCACGGCAACGCCGACACUGUCCGAUUGCUGAUUUCCAGGGGCGCCAGCGUCAAUGCCACCGACCGCAUUGGCAACACCCCACUCGCAUUGGCAGCUACCAGCACGGGAACUGAGUCAGUCAUUGCCUUGCUGGAGGCUGGCGCCGACCCGCGUAUCGGCUCAGGCACAGUGUCGGCGAUGGGCAUGGUUCGGUCGCGGCUGAAGCGCAUGCGGGCGGCGAUUAGGGAGACGCGUGUGGUGGAGGACGCAGUUGACUCGCAGCUUCUGGAGCGGGCACUGGCAGCUGCCCGUGACCGGCGGAAGCAGGCAACAAUGGUGGCCCGCGAGGAGGAGAAGCCACCAAAGGCGCUGACGAAUGAGGGUCUGUCUGAUCUGGACGACUUGACGGCGCAGCUGCAAUCACUGGGCAUGGCAGAGCAGCCGAAUGAGCCGGAGGCGGAAGAAGAGGCGAUGCCGGAUAUUGUUGGUGUUGCUGUUCAUCGGGUUGCCAAGAACACGUAUGCGGGCAAGAUCGCCCAGGAGAAGCAGGAGGAGGAGCAGAUGGAUGCAUUGCUGGAGAAGUUUUCGCUGCUACUGACCAAUGCCGGCGCCAACGGCGAUGAGUAA